ACCUUACGGUUUCAGACUUUCAAGGGUGAUUGAAAAGUAUCCCUCAGUGUCUGGAAACACAUGUUCAUAUUAUAAUUUUCUUUAAUUGAAUGACUAUUUUCCCUGGUUUAUCAUAAACUAACAUUUUCAGCUAUAUGUAAUAAUUCUAAAUUAAAUUUUGUUUCUUUCUACACUAGAUAAUUCUAGAAGAUUGUGAUGAACGACUUACCACUGUGAGACACCAGCUCAUCGAUAUUCUGCCUGGCUAUUAUCAUUUUGGUAAUGGUGCAGGGAGAAUUUUGUGGAAGAUUAUCUUUGUUGCUGCAUCCUUGGGAAUUUGUGCCUUGUUCAUUUUCUCCUGGAGAACUAUUAUUAGGAAAUUGUUUCAUCUCAUUUUAGUUAGUUCACAGAGGAUAGUUGAGAAGAUCAAUCAUUUUAUGAAAGACAGCACAGAAUUAGAAGAACAUCUAUUCACUUGGAAACAAAAGAUACAUGAAUCGAAGAAAAUAUUCCAAGAACUUCAGUGUCAAAACAAGAUAAUAUCCAAUGAAACCGUAAAAUAUGAAGAAAACAUCCAUCGAUUUGAAAGGACUAAUGACUAUUUAAAUAGCAUCCUUCAAAAUGCACGGAUUAUAUUGGAAUCUCAGAGUUCUGCGAAUGUCAAGAACCAGGACUUGUCAAAAAGGAGUGUUGAAAUCAAGAGUUCAGAAUGGAAUGAGCUGAGAACUCGUAGACACAAACUGGAAGACAUGAAAACAACACUGGAAGAAAGUUGUAACCAGCUGAGAUUUCUGAAAAAGAUCCAGGAAAUGAAACAAAAUCAACUGAAGAGAAAAGACAUAUUUUCUAAAACAUUAUAUGAACAAGACAUCAUUAAGUUCAAAGAGGAACUGAAAAUGAAACAACAAGAAAGAGUCAAACUGGAUAAACAACUGUCAUGGUCAAAAAAAAUGCUGGAAUUUUCUGGAAACAAAACAGAAAAGUUCAGGCAACAAGUCGAGGACAAGAAAAAGCAAUUGUGGCAAAUAGAGUUCGCCCUACAACAGGACAAUCAAUUUAAGAUGGAUCCUAAACUCUAACAAGCAGUUAGUGAAAAAUUAUGUCAGAUCCACAUUAGCAUCUGAAGAUUUUCAUGUCCUGUCUGACUCACUAUGUUUUUCAUAGUGUAAUGCUAAUAAAUCUUUUGCACUUG